AUGGACGCUUUGUCGAAACAACUUGGAGAAUGUGGUGUUGGAGCGGAGACCAAGAAGAAACUUGGUCUCAUUGCUCUUGCUCCGAAGCUUGAGUCGAACAAGAAUGGAACAACUACAACCGUUGAUUCGAACUUGAGAAAACUCAAUAUCUCUCCCAACCAACCCAUCUACAAAUACGAUGUGAAGAUUGCGUGUUUCUACACCAACGCUCAGGGAAAUGAGGUUGAGAUUGAAUUCUCAAAAUCUCCGAAGAAGGACAGCCAACAUGACCGUGAUAAGAUGAAGUGCCAGAAGUUCUACGAGAUGGCCGUCAAUAAGACUCCUGCUUUGCAGAAGGCUGGCGGCAAGUUCUUCUAUGACCGUCAAGCAUCGCUCUACUCCACGACCAAGUUGGCCGCUAAGCUGGAGUUUUCCAAAGAAGCUUCGAAAGCACCUAACUUUGUCCGUGCUGUGUUCGAGUUGAAGGCUGUGGCUGAAAGCUAUCAAGCCACUUCGAAUGGAAUUCGAAGCACCGUUCACCCGGCUCCGGCUCUGGCGGACAAGACUCUCGUAGAGGCUAUCAGCAUCUUCCUCAGUGGACCAGCAUAUUCGAACAAGAAUGUCAUCACCAUUGGAAACUGUGUCCAUUACCUGCUCGAUACUUCGGGAAUCAAUGUCAAGAUGAUUUCUUAUGAUCAAGGAUUCCGUUACUCUGCCCUGGGAGCUUCUAAAGGUGUCAAAAGUCUCCAGGGAACAAACAAAGAUCCCAGUCUUUAUAUGGUCACCGAAAUGAAGUCCACACUUUUCCAUCCGGACGACAUGUCGAUUGUGGAUUUGAUGCAAUCGUACCCUGGUUUCACACCGAACUUCAAUGUUCACUCACCAGCAGGAGCACAUAUUGCCAAGGCAAUCAUCGGGUUGGAAGUUUACUGUGACUACGGAAAAAACCAGAACAAUAUGGAAGAAGCGCUGAUUGUGAAGAUCAUUGCAUUCGACUCGAGCUCAAGAGACGUCGUCUUCGAUUGUGAUGGUGUUGAUGUUUCCGUUCAACAAUAUUUCAAGAAUAAAUACAACAUCACUCUGAAAUAUCCGGAUCUUCCAACCGCUGUUGCUAAAGGAAAGAAGGGAGGAAAAAUUCACCUUCCAGUGGAACUCCUCAAGAGUUGUCCAAGUCAAAAAGUGACCAACAACCAGAUGAUUGGCAAUGAGCAGGCAGAUAUGAUUAAGCUAUCUGCUGCACCACCACAUCAAAGAAAGCCAACGACGGAUGCGGUUGCGAAGGCAGUUGGCAUUGCAGCUGACAAGGUCUAUGGAUUCAUUGAGGUGGAAGCAUCCCAAAAAGUUCAAGGAAUUAUUCUUCCCAAACCAAAAAUUGCGUUUGCUGGUAACAAGUUUGUCGCUUUUGGUCAAAAUGCGAAGUGUCCUACUGACUUUUCUAAAGCCGGUCAUUUCUAUGAGGCAAAGGAGCUCAAAAACUGGGAAAUGUGUUAUUUCCAAAAUGACGAGAUCCAGGGUCUUUCUGACCAGUUGGUUGCCGAGAUGAGCAACAACGGAAUGAGAGUUGCAAAGCCAACAAUCAGCUACAUUGUGAAGAAUGACCUUGAGGCUGUCUUCAAGAAAGCAAAACAAGCUGGUAGACAACUCAUAUUCUUCGUCAUUCGCACACGAUACAACAUUCAUCAAGCAAUCAAAUCCUUCGAGCAGAAGUACGAUAUCUUGACUCAAGAGAUUCACUUUGAAACUGGCGAGAAAUUCUUCCGCCAGGCUCAAACUCGCCAGAAUAUUGUCAACAAGACUAACAUGAAACUUGGAGGACUGAACUACCUGAUUGGCAGCAACUACUUGAACAACCCAAGAGUUUUGAUUAUUGGAUUUGAGACUUCACAAACUGGUGGUGACAUUGUCACCGUUGGCUACGCUGCCAACAUGAUGGAUCAUUACCAGAAAUUCGCCGGUGGAUACAUUUACACCGCCCGCAGUCGUGAUAUCUACGGUCCAAUCAUCAAGGAUACUCUCGUCGGUAUCUUCAACAACUUCAAAAAAUUCAAGAACAGAGGAGCUCCAGAAGAACUGAUCAUCUACUUCAAUGGUGUCACUGAGGGACAGUAUGGAAUGAUCAACGAGGAGUAUACUCAGCAGGUGAAGAAUGCUUGCUCUACCAUGAAUGAGGCAUUCAGACCAAAAAUAACCAUAAUUGCAACAUCGAAAACUCAUAAUGAGAGACUUUACAAGUCCGAACAGGGACGUAUUUCGAACCUGGAACCUGGUACCGUUGUGGACCAUACCAUUGUCUCUCCAGUCUACAGUGAGUUCUACUUGGCAUCUUCCGUCGCUCGCCAGGGAACCACCAAAGCUGCCAAAUUCACUCUCAUCUACGCCAGUGCACCUGGCAAGUCAAUGGAGAGAAUUGAGACUCUCACCAACGAUUUGUGUUACGAUCACCAAAUCGUGUUCCACCCAGUGGGAUUGCCAGUCCCACUAUUCAUUGCUGGAAGAUACAGUCAACGCGGAGCGAUGGUACUCGGACACAAUGGACCAUCCAUCACUAACAAAGAGGUGGAUUUGGUUUUGACCAACCAGCGUCUCGGAUACUCCGACAAGAACUUGUUCGGAAGCAGAUACAAUGCUUAA